AUGAGAGAAGUCAACUUCAGCAUCCCAAAUGUCAAUAAGGCUUCGGUCGGUAUCACGACAGCUUUGUACGAUCGUCGAGCCCUGGAUUGUACUUCGACACUACCUCUGAUCAAUUCGCUCAAUCAUCUUGCUUAUCUCACCACUUCAUCCGCUAGAAUUAGAGAUAUCCUGACGGUCGAUGGAGGUGUCGAAAGAUUAGUGUGCCUCUUGAAGGCUGGGCGAAGUAAAGACAUGAUGGAUAUGUGGAAAUGGAAUUUGGCUUUUCAAUGUGUCGUGAACAUUGGUGUACGAGGUUCGGAAAACGUUCGAACCAGGGUUGUUGAAGCAGAUAUGGUUCCAGUCAUCGCAACAAUUCUCGACAAUUACAUUAAAGUGGUUGAUAGAUGCAGAGAGAAGGCCGAAGAAGCCAAGCAGAAAGCUUUGUUGGAACAUAGACAUCAAAAUGGGAGAUCAGGAGAACAUCGAAGUACACACAAGGGGCCUUCAUUUGGUAAUCGAGCAUCGCGAUUUGAAUCCGAAUUUCGAGCAUCAAGGCGUCAACCACCUCCACCUUCUCUCGACAUUCCCUCGAACCUCUCGGCGGGUGCCACGUUGAUGAAUGGCUCGGAUGCCAUGGAUAUUACACCAACUGGGCCUCAAUUCGCUCUCACAUCUCCUCCAGAGCGAACUACAUUCUCUGUUCACAGACAUCACCAUCAUAGAAAUCAGGAUGCAAGACAACAUUUCUUAUCACCACGCCAUAAUAUUCAACCACUUGCGACUGCAGUCCCUUCGAUGGACACAGCCGAUGGAUUUAAUAUCAGACCUGUUCGAGAUGUUGACCGUUUACCAUCAAUGCUACCAGGAUUCCAGGGUGGUUUGGCAUCUCAGCCCGAAUCACCAACAACUCCUCUACCUCCCGCACAAAUGCGAUCACCUACCGUUCGAGCGACAUCAAUGUCCGUUGGUACCCCUCGAUCACGAAGACGCCCAUCCAUUAGACAUCAAGUUUCCUCUGCUGCUGAUACAGAUGAUAUGAAUGCUGAUAGCAUGGCAUCUGAUGAAUCCGGGGAACCAGAAAUUACCGGCGUGAGCACCGCGGAAAUUCAAGCUACAAAUGUCAAUAUUCAAGAUGUCAACAUGGAUGAAAAUGAUUCAAUGCUCACUGCCGUUGAAACACCCCUUGGUCUUACCACUCCAACCGUGUCCGAAGCACAGGAUGCCGGGACAUUCAAUAUCACUCACCGAUCUGCCAUGGAUGGUAGCAUGAUUAAUGAUGCCACAACUCCAACUGGGCCAGCAAUUGGUCUCUCACCAGCUCAACCUACGACUGUUAAUACACCACCCACCAUGCCACCCACCACAAUUCCAAGAUACUUCUUAGAUCGACCAACACCUCCACAGGGACAAGUUUUGGCAGCCAUGCCAAGAGAUGAAGAUGUGUUAAUGUCUCUCCAACUUUUAGCAUACGUUUCGAAAUAUUGCAACUUGAGAUCUUACUUUCAACAAUCUCAUUUGGUUCCUAAACUUAAAAUUGGUUCCGAACUUCAACUUUUAGAUGUUGAUGAGACCAACGCUACCACUCCAGCCGCAUGCUCAUCUCACGACGAGGAAGCCGAAGAAGAAGAAUACUUACUUCCAGAUGAUUUCAAUAUCUUUCCAUUGGUCGAAAAGUUCACCGUCAGACAUCACAGUCAAGAUAUGCAAUACUGGGCCGGAGUUGUUAUGAGAAAUUUGUGCCGAAAGGAUGAUGCUCGUGGAGGCAUCAGACAAUGUGCAUAUUAUCAAUGUGGAAAGUGGGAAGAAUAUACUCGACAAUUUGCAAAAUGCAGAAGAUGCCGAAGAACUAAAUACUGCAGCAAAGAAUGUCAAAAGAGUGCAUGGGUAUUUCAUCGACAUUGGUGUGUUCAAGCAUCUCAAUGA